UUUAUCAGUCUAAUCAUAUUUUUAACCCCAAAGUUUGUUAAUACAGGUUUUAGUAUGGUUUAAGGUGUCAUAACAAAAAAGUAACAAGGAAUGAAGGAAAAGGAAAAGAUAAAGGCCAUAAAGACUUGGUCUUUCUCAAAAAACAGAUCCCUAUGAGAAUGCAAGAGUUUGUUUGUUUGUAUUAACAAUAAGAAAAGUAGGCUAUAAGACCUCAUUACUCAUUGCCCUUGUUUGAAGUUUAAAAAGGAUUUUCUUGUGUUCUCUUCUCAAAAACCUCUGCAUCAUCGCAUGCAAGUGCGAGUAUAUUGCAUUGAGAAGACAAACAGUUGACGAGUAAGAACACAAAAAACCAAGUCUCAAAUUGGGGAUGGGGGGAAUCAUGAUUAGUGUUUUAGUACUCCCCCAAUGAUUGUGUUGUCUCACAUUGGUUCUUGCAAGCAAAUCUUUCAGUGAUCAAAGCGAAGGUUGAAAAAAGCCAUGAGUGAUAACACCACAAACUGGCUUGGAUUCUCUCUAUCCUCUCACUUGAACAUGGAGCAAAAUCAAACUCACCCCACAUCUUCAGCUCUCUCUUCUCAACCCCAAAACAGCUUAUUUCUCUCUCCUCACUUCAGUAACUCUGCUUUGUGCUAUGGAGUUGAAGCGGAGAACAAUGGAGCUAGUUUCUACUCUAAUCAGCUCUCUGUCCUCCCUCUAAAAUCUGAUGGUUCUCUCUGCUUCAUGCAAGAAGGAAUGGUGGCUUCAGAAUCCCCAAAACUAGAAGAUUUCUUAGGCUGUGGUCCAAAUAUGGGGACCCAUAACUACAGCAACAGUGAGAGGGAAGCAAUGGCUCUUAGCUUGGAUAGCAUGUACUAUAGCCAAGAAACAGAGGGUGAAGAAAACAGAGGCCAAGAGUUGAACCAGUUCUCAUACAUGCAGCCAUUGCAUGAGUUGUACGAAGCUCCGGUGGGGGAUUUGAAGAACUGGGCACCUGGGUUUGGGGAUCUGCAGACAUUGAGCUUGUCAAUGAGCCCAGGGACUCAAUCUGGCUAUGCAGCUGCUCAGCAUCAGAUUUCCUCUGUUUCAAACAAUGAGUGUAUGGCUUUGGAACCUAGAAAGAAGAGAGGGGCUGGGAAAGGGGAAAAGAAGCAGCCUGUUCCCAGGAAAUCCAUUGAUACAUUUGGGCAGAGGACUUCUCAGUAUAGAGGAGUUACAAGGCAUAGGUGGACUGGGAGAUAUGAGGCUCAUCUUUGGGAUAACAGCUGCAAGAAAGAAGGCCAAUCAAGGAAAGGGAGGCAAGUUUAUCUGGGGGGUUAUGAUAUGGAAGAGAAAGCAGCAAGAGCUUACGAUAUGGCUGCACUGAAAUACUGGGGGCCUUCAACUCAUAUUAAUUUCCCUUUGGAUAGUUACCGAGAUCAAAUAGAAGAAAUGCAGAACAUGACCAGACAAGAGUUUGUAGCUCAUUUGAGAAGAAAAAGCAGUGGAUUUUCGCGCGGGGCUUCUAUUUAUCGAGGAGUUACAAGGCAUCACCAACAUGGAAGAUGGCAAGCUAGAAUUGGUAGGGUUUCAGGAAACAAGGAUCUUUACCUCGGAACCUUUAGCACUCAAGAAGAAGCAGCAGAGGCCUACGACAUUGCUGCAAUCAAAUUCCGUGGACUGAGUGCCGUUACUAACUUUGAUAUAACAAGAUAUGACGUAGACAAGAUCACAAACAGCAACACUCUCCUUCCAAGAGAACUCGCUCGCAGGAUCAAAACCAUAGAAGGCAAUAACAAUGUUACAGUUGCUCAAAGCAGUUGCAGAGAGCUCCAGCUAAUUUCUGAACAAAAUGAAUACCAGCAAUUCUCAAACAAUCUGCAGGGUUUCGAUGAUUCAGGCAAAAUGGUGAACCAUCACUUGUCGAAUUCUUCGUCUCUGGUGACUAGUUUGAGUAGUUCUGCAGAGGCGAGCCCAGACCGAAGCGGGCUGCCGAUGAUCUUGGGGAAGCCAGUGAACUCAUGGGGGCCUAUGGGUCAAUUGCCAGUGUUUGCAGCUUGGGCUGAUAUUUCUUAAGUUCUCAUCUGAUUAGAAGUGAAGAUUAGCAACUUGUAGUCUCCUUUUGGGUUUUAAGUAGAAUAUGGAGGGCAAGUCUCUUUUCCUUUUCCUGUGGCUUGAAUAUGGGAGCUUUCUCGAGCCAAUGGAUAAGGGUUUUUGCAAUGUGAGAGGCCUUGGGAUUUAAGACUAAUUAUAUUUCAGUAUGAUGUUGCUAAUUUGAAUGGUAUGUUACUACUUUUUUUUUUAAUGCAAAAUUUAGUUUUGGCCA